GCAUGCAAGGAUUUAGAAAAACUUCCAAUGCAACUCUCUGAUAAUCCAAGAAUUGACUUAUUUCGCCUGAUAAAAAAUUGCUCCACGAUUAUCAAAGAAAAAACUGCUUGCUCAAAUAAUCAAAUUGAAUUAUGGAAAUCACUUAAUAAUCAAUUUGUACAAUUCAAAGUAGAAUUUUAUGCUUUCCGUCCAAUUUUCUCAAUUGAUUACAGUAAUAAUUAUAUCGGAGAAAGGCCCUCAGGUAUAAUUGAUAUAUUGAAAGAUUUCAUCGAAGACUGCCCCACAGACAAAAGUAAUAUAAGUACGGACCAAUUGCAGCAAUUAACGGAAGCACAAGUCACUGAAAUAAUUAGAAAUGCUCGUGGAAGAUUACUCCCCGGUUUUAUUCCUCAUUCAGCCGUACAGACUGUUAUCCAAGCACAUCAAAGCCAAUGGAAAAAACCUGCUAUAAAUUGUUUAAAUGCUGUUUAUGAGAUUAUGAUAAAGGUUGUGAAUGAGACUAUAGAAAACAUCUUUUCAAGAUUUCCUGGUUUAGUUGGACGCAUGGAAUAUAAGGCACAAGCUUGGUUAGAAGAAUGUAAAAAACAGACAGCAGAUCAUAUUAACUUUACGUACCAAAUGGAACGAACCACUUAUCCAUUUACACUCGAUAAGCAAAUGGUGAUAGAUUUAAAAACGGAAUACCUAAAAUCUCUUCAUGAAGCAGUGAAGUUUGAGAAUCGAACUCCUACUGACGCUUUAGAAGUUGUGGCAACAGUUUUAGCAUACUUAAAAAUUUCAAUCAAGC